GGCAAUUUGCCAACGAUGCUGCUUUAUCCCCUACUACCCUCAUCAGUCGCGCCGCUUCUGUUUUAUCUCUUCGUCUUCUCUAAUGAGAGGCUGAGGGAGACCUCAACAAAGAGAGCGCAAAUCAUGGCCCUUCAAGCUCCAUCACCACUAGCAGCAGCAGUUGUAGCUGCUGCUGCUGGGCGGCGCUCCGCCGCUACGCCCUGUCGCAGCACCUUCCUACUACCUCCCCUCUCCCACGUCCUCCGAUCGGCGUACUUCUCCCCCUCGGCGCAGCUUCUCCUGCCGUCGCCGCCGCCGGUAAGCCGAGGCGGCACCGCUCCCGGCGCGAAGGUCUCCAUGAUGCGGGUGGCUUCCAAGCAGGCCUACAUCUGCCGCGAUUGCGGCUAUAUCUACAAUGACAGGACUCCCUUUGAGAAGCUGCCUGACAACUACUUUUGCCCUGUUUGUAGUGCUCCUAAGCGAAGAUUCAAGCCUUAUGAACCAGCAGUAGUCAAGAACGCCAACAAUGUCGAUGUUCGUAAAGCAAGGAAGGCACAGAUCAAAAGAGAUGAAGCUUUUGGGCAAGCUCUGCCUAUCGCAAUAGUGCUUGGAGUUAUCGGAUUGGCUGGCCUUUAUCUCUACCUCAACAACAUCUACUAGUCAUACAUACUUCAAGCGUAAGAUAAUACUUAUAUCGGUGGUAAUUGAGAAGACGCAAAACCUUGAAAGUUCUUGUUGCAGUUGGCGGACUAAUUCCUAUGCGUUGUAAACUUCAACAGGGCAAAGGGGCUAGCAUUUUCGCUUCUAGUUUCAAUUCUUUGUCAAACGCUAAGACCUGUAAUGUUCGAUAUUAUCAUCAAGAUGAAUAAGUUCGUCCCAA